GACACAUCACAUGGCGCAAGGUCAGUGGUCAUCUUCAGAGCAACUUCUUCCAAUUAACCUCCUGGAACUAAGAGCCAUCCGUCUAGCCUUGCUUCAUUUCCGAGACCUUAUCGUGUCUCGUGACGUCCUUGUCCUUACGGACAACGUUACGGCGAAGGCUCACGUUAAUAGACUGGGAGGCACCCAUUCCCGAGCGCUAAUGGACGAGACCCUGCUACUUGGUCUCUGGGCUGAGUCUCACCUUCACUCCCUUCGUGCAGAUCAUAUCUCCGGGAUGGAGAAUUCGCAAGCGGAUGCUCUAAGCAGACGUCGGCUGGACAACGCGGAAUGGAGCCUCCCCCCUUCUCUCUUCAAGGAGAUCACGACACGCUUCGGGUUCCCAGAAGUGGACCUUUUCGCAUCGCAGGCCAAUCACCAGGUUCCGAGGUACUUCUCUCGGUUCUGGGAUCCCGGGGCGGAAGCCACGGACGCUCUUCGCAGCCCUUGGCCUCCCGGUCUCUUAUAUGCCUUCCCCCCCUUUCCGUUACUUUCCAGGGUGCUCAGGAAGAUCCUUCAAGAGCAAGCGGAAAUCAUUCUCCUCGCGCCCCGCUGGCCCCGGAGACACUGGUACUCGGACUUGAUCUCCCUAUCUGUCGCUCGGCCGUGGUCUAUUCCGGCCAACCAGAUUGCCCUCGUCCAGGGUUCCCUUCGCCAUCCGGAUCCGGCAUGGUUCCACUUAACCGCGUGGAGGCUGAGCGGUUCCUCCUGCAAGAGGCCAAGGUCCCCUCGUCCGUGAUAGACAUCAUCUUAGCUUCCCGCCGGCCUUCUACUGUCAGGAUCUACAACUCCACCUGGGCCUCCUUCUCCUCUUGGUGCCAGCGCGCUCGUGUUAAUCCCCUUUCUGCUUCAAUCCUGGACGUUUUACUUUUUCUCCGGGAGGGAUUUGCUGCCGGACUAUCUCCAAACACCCUCCGGAGGCAAGCUGCCGCCAUCUCUACGGUUCUGACUUGCGGCUCCGCAUCCUCGAUUUCCCGGCAUCCUGUCGUCCAACAAUUCCUGCGAGGAGCUGCAAAUUUAAGACCUCCUCCCGUUCAUCGCUUCCCUACUUGGGAUUUGAACAAGGUCCUCUCAGCUCUUACGGCUUCCCCCUUCGAGCCUCUUCGAGACGUCUCGCUCCGUUUCUUGUCAUUCAAGGUCUCUUUUUUGGUCGCUAUCACCUCGGCCCGCCGCAUUUCGGAGCUUGCGGCUCUGUCAUCUCGAAGGGACCUCUGCGUUUUUCACCAGGACAGGGUAGUCCUCCGACUGGACCCUUCCUUCAUACCCAAAAUCAAUUCCCCCUUUCAUCGCUCACAAGAGUUGGUCCUACCCAACUUCUGCCCGUCCCCUCAGCAUCCCUUAGAACGCUCAUGGCACACGCUUGACGUGCGUCGUGCUCUCAAAAUAUACCUGAGGCGCACUUCCUCCUUUCGGAAGACAGAGGCUUUAUUUGUCUCUUACCAACCCGCUUCUAUCGGGGCCAAGGCAUCUGCUCCUAUGUUGGGUCGUUGGAUCCGCGCUACAAUAUCGACGGCCUACCAAAGACAAUCCUUGCCUGUACCUCACCACGUCACUGCCCACUCCACCAGGAGCGCGGCGACCUCUGCUGCAUGGGCGACCCAGGCUUCGUGGGAAGAAAUCUGCAGAGCUGCCGCCUGGUCGAGCAUCUCUCCCUUUAUUCGCCACUACCGGGUGGACUCGUUUGCUUCUGCGGAUGCGGCCUUUGGGCGCAGAGUUCUCCAGACGGUCCACUCGACUUGAGGUAACAGGGCCCUUGAUCUUCCCUCCCAGCGGACAUUCAGCUUUGGUAUGUCCCCAGUCUGACAGACGUUCCUUACGCUGAGGAGAAUGGACGUUGGACUUACCUGAUACGUCCGUUCUCUCUUAGUAAGGAACGUCUGUCAGCCCCACCCUUCUGCCGUGCCCUGUUCCCGGGGGUGGGUGGUGUUCUCUUACCUCUCUUUUGUAUUUUCCAGAAAGACACCCCAGUCUGCGUCUACGCCCUCGCCGAAACACUGGGGAUCAUCCAGGAGAGGGCGGAGUUAUUUAAAUCCGCAGACUCGGUCAUAGGCUGCAUAGUGGAGUCCAUAACCCAGUCUGACAGACGUUCCUUACUAAGAGAGAACGGACGUAUCAGGCUGCAAAGAAACUUCUGAAGAAAAAAAAAGGCUAGGAAGGCAUCAACAAAGGAGAUCAAAGUAGCAAAGAGAAGCUAUUCCGAAAAACUGAAGAAUUAGUUUUCAGCUAAUAUAAUAGCAAAUGUGUGGGGAAGCCUGAAGAACAUCAUUGGCCACAGCAAUCUUCCCUCCCUUCAAAACGAUGCUAUAGAGCACUGUACAUCAAGACAACUAGAUACAAGAACAGUUUUUUCCCGAAUGCCAUCACUCUGCUAAACAAAUAAUUCCCUCAAACUGUCAAACUGUUCACUAAGGCUGCAUUACUAUUGCUAUUGGUCUUCUCAUCAUUCCUGUCGCCAUCUCCUCCCACUUAUGACUGUAUGACUAACUUUGUUGCUUAUAUCCUUGCCAUUUAUAUUGAUAUUGAUUGUUUCCUAGUAUGAUUUAAUUGCUUAUUGUACCAUAUGACUGUCACUGGGUGUUGUGCCUUGUGAUUCUUGAUGAACGUAUCUUUUUUUCUAUGUACACUGAGAGCAUAUGUACCAAGACAAAUUCCUUGUGUGUCCAAUCACACUUGGCUAAUAAAGAAUUCUAUUCUAUUCUA